CGGUACCGUACGUUGCAUAUCAUUGCAGUUGCAACAUUCUCUCGAUCAUCAUGUUUUUCGCCAUUCGAAAUAAAUAGCCAAGAUUGUUGAAGAAACUCUCAACAAAAGAGAUAUUUUGGUGAAUUUGAAGACUUCUUCAUGGACGAUAUACAUCCAUUAUAUUGCUUUCCAGAAUGACUCUGUGAAUGUGAGCUUCAGAACUGCUCUGCCAUUAUGCUGACAGUAUCCAUCUUUCCUGACACAUAAUUUCUGAAAACUGUUGGACAUGCCUGCCAGAGUCCCGGUGCUUGGAGCGAUACAUGUUUGUGACAUGCCUGUAGACACAAUACUUUUAAGUUCUAGUCCACCAGGGCUUGGCUGCUUCCCUACAGCAAAUUCUUUGGGAUAUUACCAUCAGAGAGUUCCUCCAACUGGCGGAAUUAGGAUGGGUAUUGGAAUGAGAGGAGAUCUUCUGAUGCAAAUGCAGCGAGAUAGAAGGAGGCUACCACUUCGCUCGUGCAUCAAGAGUAAAACCGUAACAAAAACCCCAUCAGAUGCCGCUGAAAAUCACAAGAAUAGUCUAGAGACUCUGGAUAAUGUAACCAGAAAUGUUCUUGGCUUGACGAACGGUAAGACGGUCUCAAGUCCUGACCUGCGGCGAAUGAAUGAGCUGAUUUCGAAAGCUGAGAAGUCCUGUCAUGGGAAAGAGAAAAAGAAAGUAUCUUUUGCAGAUGCUCAGGGACUUUCCCUCCAGACAGUGAAGUACAUGGAUGGGCCAAGCAAUAUGCCUCCAAAGCUUAGCAUUCACUUACUCGACGACGUCAUCCAGAAUGCGGAAGCAAAGCCUACUCACCCGUACACAUACGUGCCUGACUUUGAACAGCCUGCAUCAAACUAUUUGGAGUUUCGCAAGAGGUUAGAGAGCGAGACCGUCUGUCUAGAGAAUGUGAUGAUCAAAGAUAACAUCACAGUAGUGGGAACCAUCAAAGUAAAGAACAUUGCUUUUGAGAAGUCUGUCUUUGUAAGGGCUACAUUUGACGAAUGGAAGACCCACAUAGACAUACAAGGUUCAUAUGUCUACCCAUCUCAAGCAUCAAACUCGUAUGACAAAUUUGAUACUUUCUCUUUCAGUCUUGAUAUGCCACCUAAUCAUGGAGGAAAAAGUGUCGAGUUCUGUGUCUGUUACUCUACAAACAAUCAGAAUUUCUGGGAUAGCAACCAUGGCAAUAACUACAAGAUUGUUACAGAUAAGGAGAAGGAUUUUGUGAAAAAUCAAGAACAAGCUUCAUUACAAAACUUAAGUGGGGACCGAUCAUAUGGACAGUUUUCUUACUGGCAAGUUACAAGUCAUGAAGAGCGACCUUACUGGUGACACACGGCUGAUAAUUUUCGGAGAUAUAUAUUAAUAAAUAGCAGAAUAGUCCAAAGUGUGUAUCUUUGGAAAUAGAGUAUAUAUUUUUAUGUUUUGAUGCUUGUUGUAAUUUCUACUAGUGGGUAGCACUGAAAUGAAAUAUUUAUUACGGUGUUUGAUGAUAAUGAUGUAUGUCAUGAUGUGGUUUUUAUACUGGUUAGAUCAUAUCCUAAACUCAAUUUGGAAGUAAUUCAAUCUUUCAAAGAUCGUGGUGCAAGGAGACCAUUAUCACCCAGUCACAAUAACUUGGUUAUUUUUAGGUUGGCACAAGUUAUGUAAAAAAAAAAAAUUAUGCCAUUUUUUUCAGAGAGGGAACACUAGACGUAGAAAUCAAAAUCAAAUUACAAUUUGUAGGUUUACAAGCAAAUAGGCAUAUAGGGCAAGAGGGUUAAGAUUCUUUUCCAAAUUAAUAGUGAUCAUUACAACAAUUCACAAAUUUGAAAUGGCAUUUACUCUUGUAAGCCUUUAAAGUUGACAACUCAAAAUAUAGUCCUACAUGUACAUAUGUACAUGUACAGUAGGGCCUACGUAAUCGUAAUUACAUUUCUAGUUUACUGAAAUAUCUCCACAAUAUAGUCAGAAGAAAAGUAUGUCUACUACUACUUAACGUGCUAUACCAAUUGCUUUUAAGCAGUGACGAUUGUUUGUGCAACAGCAGUGUGAGAUUAGAAUUUUAAAAGCUGUGUGUGUCAGUGAGGAAAUUCUUCUAUUGAGCUUUUAAUUGAUUUUCUGAGGUCGCUUUCUUAAAUCUAGCAUUGAAGUCCUACCAGAAAUGUGUAAAUUCAG